AUGGGCAACGGCGUGUCGAGUGAGAUGGCGAUCUUUGCCGACGGUGAGAUGGAGGCCGAGCUCCAGCGACUCGGCGGCACGGGCGACGCCAGCGUCAAGCAGCUGCUGGGCCAGGGCUACCGCGACGUGGUGCAGCUCCUGAUCCGCCCGCACCGGGCGCUGUACGACGUCCAGGAACUCGGCCCCGCGCGCUUCCACGUCGCACUGCGCACGACGGACAGUGAAAGCGCACAGCCGAACGGCCGCACCGCAAUGGAGACGAGGCGUCGGGACUUUGCGGUCGUGAACGAGCGCGGGCUGCGCGUGCGCUGCUCGCACUGGCAGCUCUUCCCGUGCGGACCUCAGCGCGCGACUGGCGCUACGAGCAGCAGCACGAGGGCGUCGCCGGCUGUCACGUCGUGUCUCGUCUACUUGCACUCGAACAUUGGCUCGCGGCAGGACGCGCUGCGGGUUCGAGACGCGGCGCUCGAGUACGGCUUCUCGGUGUUGGCUUUUGACUGCUGCGGCUCGGGCCUCUCGGACGGCGUGUACGUGACCAUGGGCUGGAACGAAGCGACGGACCUCGUGGCAGUGCUCGAGAGCGUCGAGCGCGACGCGUCGGUCUCGGACGUCUGUCUCUAUGCCCACAGCAUGGGCGUGUUCCCUGCCGUGACGAACGUCGCCAUUCGAGCAGCUGGCGCAGCGAGUAAGACGAUGCAGGCAAAGCUCCAGACACUGCCGCAUGCAUUGCGGACCGCCGAGUCGCGACAGCGGCUCAAGCCGAUCCGCGCGCUGGUGCUCGAUGGCGGCUACGCGUCGAUAAAGGACGUGAACGAAGGCGUGCUGCGGGAAAUGCAGGACGAGGGCUUUGCUGUGCCCAAGACGGUCUUGCGAGUGGCGACGGCAGCGAUCCACAAGAGCGUCAAGAAGCGCACGGACGUCGACAUGGAACUGCUGCGGCCCGUGGACUUUGUCGAGCUCUGCUACGCGCCGGCGCUGUUUAUCACGGCCAGUGGGGAUCGCUACGUGUCGAGCGAACAGAGCGAAGAGCUCGCGCGCAAGUACGCGGGACCGUGCACGAUGCUGCGGGUAGAGGGCGCGCACUACGACCCACGGGACCCCUCUGUGUACACACAGGCGGUCGGGUUUCUCUACGAAGCUAUGCAUCCAAGGAUGACGUAG